AUGAGAAGACUUUCUAUUCAAAUUAUUAUUUUAUUAUUUUUAUUAUUGUUAAUCAAUUUAAUUUUAUUAAAGAAAAUUCAAUUCAAUCCUACAACAUCAUUUGAUAAUAUUAAUAAUAAAAAAGAUAAAGAUAUAGAUAAAAUGAACCAAACUGCUGCAGCUGCAAAAAGAAUAUAUUGGCCUAUUGUAUAUAGUUAUGAUGAUAAUAACAAAUAUGAUAAUAUACCUUGGAAUAAAUGUUUAUUACAUCAUAUGUCAAUAGAAAAUACGAUAGGAAUGAUUAGAAUUGAAUUUGAUAGAACCAACGGUAGAUUAAUACUUUCGAAUCCUAAAGAACCUGUUAGACUGACGUCAGAUCAUCAAAUUGAAACCUAUACAACUUUAUUUGCACAUCCAAAGUCAUGUCCAUUCUCAACGUUAUUACGAUCAAAUUCAGACAAACAUAAACAAUUACAACAAAAUAUAACAUUAUCAUCACAUACAAUAAAAGUUGGUGUAUCAAUAUUAAUAGAAGAUGUAUUUGGUAGAGUUUUCUUAACGAAACGUGCGAAAUCAAUGAGAAUAUUCCCUAGUGUAUGGGUAUUACCAGGUGGUCAUAUGGAGAAAGGAGAGACUAUAUUUGAGACUGCAUUGCGUGAGUUGAAGGAAGAAACUGGUUUGGUAUUGAGUGACUCGGCAGCCGAUAUCUCUGUGAUUGGUGCAUUCGAGAGUACCUUUCCACAGUAUUUAGAUGACGAUAGAUUACCUUCCGAUCAUCACGUUGUACUAUUCACAAAGAUUAAACUACAUAGCGAUAUUAGUAAUCUUCAAAAGGUGGAGUUGGAACCAGAUGAAGUAGAGGUUGCAGCAUGGGUACCUACAUCAUCAUUAGCACAUCUACUCACUGACAUCAGCACUGAAUUGAAAAGAUACCUGCUGCAACAACAUUUAUAUUAA